UCGACGGCGCUGCCCCGGACCUCUUUCCCUCCAGCAGGUGUCACCCCCAAAAUGACGCUUUUCAAUGGCAUCUAUCCCUUUUACCCCCAGACAAGGAAACCCUUCGUGUUCGACGUUGAUAUCAUCAUUGUAAUUAUUGUGUUCUUGGUAAUUGCCUUCAGCUUUCUACUUAUUCUGCCUGGAAUUCGUGGUAGAGCGAGACUUUACUGGCUUCUCCGGGUCAUCACGAGUCUUUUUAUUGGAGGAGUAAUUGUUGCGGUUCAGUUCACCUCUGACUGGGAGAGCGGGCAGGUGACUGCCAACACCACCUACAAGUCUUUCAGUCCAGCGGUGGUGCAUGCAGACGUUGGAGUGCACAUUGGCUUGGCGGGAGUCAACAUCACACUAGUUGGGAAACCAGUGGGGCAGCUCAAUGAAACCAUCAAUUACAAUGAACAUUUUUCCUGGUUGUUUGGGGAAAACUAUUAUCAAGAUUUUCAGGAGGGAUUGCAGAGGGGCUUGCCCAACCCUAUCCUCUACGUGGCAGAGAAGUUCAGUGACAUCAGCCCUUGUGGUAUAAACGGCCAGUACAGGAUUGCGGGACACUAUGCAUCGGCUACCCUGUGGGUGGCUUUCUGCGCAUGGCUCGUCUCCAACAUGUUGUUCUCUAUGCCAGUCCCCGUGUAUGGCGGCUACAUGACCCUGGUGACGGGGGCCUUCUUGAUCUUUGCACUCCUCUCCUUCUCCACCGUGAGGAACUAUCCGGUGUGUGUGAUCCACUUCGGUUCCACCGCCUUGCAGCCUAUCUAUGGAGUAUCUUUCUGGCUAACGCUUGCCACAGGACUGCUCUGCUUCCUGAUUGCUGCAGUGGUCAUACUGCUGCACUACGUCCGCCCUGACCUCUUGAAAGCCUUCUUCGACCUGUGCGAGGACGAAGAGGAAGACGAAGGGAUGCUGGGAGAAGUGUACAUCAACCCCCACAUGGCACAAAUCAAAACACUUUCUUCCCAACCCGAUUUCAAACUGACCAUCAAGAACAGCUAAAAACAAAAACUUUGCACUGAACUUUUGAAGCCUUCUCUUUCUAUUGAGAUAUUGACUGCAGCGUGGACUGCCUAAGCCCUUGGGUGGGCAUGAUGUGCUCUCAUGCAGAGCCCUGACGAGGGCUUCCUUGGAGUCUGGACAACAGCAGGAAAACAUUUUCUCCUGCAGGUCGCAAUGCCACCAGCAAGGGGGAAAGGAGUAGGGAUAGCGUGGGCAGGGGAACGCUGGACCUAGUACGAAGAUCAAGGGCAAGCCUUCAUUAGACUAAUGCUAGAAGGAGGAGGCAUAAGGAGACAGAACCGUCCAAGACAUCCUAUUAGAUAGUUCUGCCCUGACUGCAAGCUCAGGAGAAGUAGGAAAGAGUUGGGAGCCUUUCCACACCACUGAGCCAAGGUCUCCCCCAGAAGAGCCUGCGUGUUCAGCUUCACUUUCUUAUCUGGUUGCCUUUAAAAGAAAUCAGUGUUUUAUGUUUCAGCAUCGUAGCACUUGGCGUGCCUGCUGUGCGCACUUUGAACCUCACAGAAUGGAUAAGUAUGAGGAGAGUUGGUAGGAAAUUGUUUGGUUCACUCACAGGAGACCUCUCUUGCCCCUGCUCAGUGGGCCAAGCAAAUGUGUACGAAUGUGCAGAUUGGAAGUCAACUUAGUAAAAAACUACAUUUUUUAAAAAAAACCUAAAGUGUAUCCCUAGCAUUUAUUGUAGCCUUGAGUAUGGAUGGAUGUCAGUUAGCUUAGAGUACAUCUGCAGGAGAAAUUUUCUAGCAACAGACUUGAAAUUCUGGGGGAUCUUUAUAACCAUAGGUUUGAAAACUCUAGGAAUGCAUGCCUGAGUCUACCCCCACAAAGCAAGCUUUGCUGUUGCUGUCUGCUCGUACUUCUGGCCAAAGCACAACAUCAGAGCUGGCAAACAAAGUUCCAGAAGGUGUAUAAGCUGCAUCUGAAAUACUUUGAAACAUUUCAGCUCUAGACAGGGUUCUCCUGGUCAUGGAAUUUCUUCAGAACCAGAAAUCGUGUGGCCUAACAAAUUCCAUUUUUUAAAAAAAUAUAUGGUUGAUGCUGUAUGUUGUUUCUCCAUAUAGUGGACUGAGCUCCU